AUGAGAGGAACACAGGGGACCAGUGAGAGGAACACAGGGACCAGUGAGAGGAACACAGGGACCAGUGAGAGGAACACAGGGACCAGUGAGAGGAACACAGGGACCAGUGAGAGGAACACAGGGACCAGUGAGAGGAACACAGGGACCAGUGAGAGGAACACAGGGACCAGUGAGAGGAACACAGGGACCAGUGAGAGGAACACAGGGACCAGUGAGAGGAACACAGGGACCAGUGAGAGGAACACAGGGACCAGUGAGAGGAACACAGGGACCAGUGAGAGGAACACAGGGACCAGUGAGAGGAACACAGGGACCAGUGAGAGGAACACAGGGACCAGUGAGAGGAACACAGGGACCAGUGAGAGGAACCAGAGGAACACAGGGACCAGUGAGAGGAACACAGGGACCAGUGAGAGGAACACAGGGACCAGUGAGAGGAACACAGGUACCAGUGAGAGGAACACAGGGACCAGUGAGAGGAACACAGGGACCAGUGAGAGGAACACAGGGACCAGUGAGAGGAACACAGGGACCAGUGAGAGGCGCUCAGGGACCAGUGAGAGGAACACAGUGACCAGUGAGAGGCACACAGGGACCAGUGAGAGGAACACAGGGACCAGUGAGAGGAACACAGGGACCAGUGAGAGGAACACAGGGACCAGUGAGAGGCUCACAGGGACCAGUGAGAGAAACACAGGGACCAGUGAGAGGCGCACAGGGACCAGUGAGAGGAACACAGGGACCAGUGAGAGGAACACAGGGACCAGUGAGAGGAACACAGGGACCAGUGAGAGGAACACAGGGACCAGUGAGAGGAACACAGGGACCAGUGAGAGGAACACAGGGACCAGUGAGAGGAACACAGGGACCAGUAAGAGGCGCACAGGGACCAGUGAGAGGAACACAGGGACCAGUGAGAGGAACACAGGGACCAGUGAGAGGAACACAGGGACCAGUGAGAGGAACACAGGGACCAGUGAGAGGAACACAGGGACCAGUGAGAGGCUCACAGGGACCAGUGAGAGGCGCACAGGGACCAGUGAGAGGAACACAGGGACCAGUGAGAGGCGCACAGGGACCAGUGAGAGGAACACAGGGACCAGUGAGAGGAACACAGGGACCAGUGAGAGGAACACAGGGACCAGUGAGAGGAACACAGGGACCAGUGAGAGGAACACAGGUACCAGUGAGAGGAACACAGGGACCAGUGAGAGGAACACAGGGACCAGUGAGAGGAACACAGGGACCAGUGAGAGGCGCUCAGGGACCAGUGAGAGGAACACAGUGACCAGUGAGAGGCACACAGGGACCAGUGAGAGGAACACAGGGACCAGUGAGAGGAACACAGGGACCAGUGAGAGGAACACAGGGACCAGUGAGAGGCUCACAGGGACCAGUGAGAGAAACACAGGGACCAGUGAGAGGCGCACAGGGACCAGUGAGAGGAACACAGGGACCAGUGAGAGGAACACAGGGACCAGUGAGAGGAACACAGGGACCAGUGAGAGGAACACAGGGACCAGUGAGAGGAACACAGGGACCAGUGAGAGGAACACAGGGACCAGUGAGAGGAACACAGGGACCAGUGAGAGGAACACAGGGACCAGUAAGAGGCGCACAGGGACCAGUGAGAGGAACACAGGGACCAGUGAGAGGAACACAGGGACCAGUGAGAGGAACACAGGGACCAGUGAGAGGAACACAGGGACCAGUGAGAGGAACACAGGGACCAGUGAGAGGCUCACAGGGACCAGUGAGAGGCGCACAGGGACCAGUGAGAGGAACACAGGGACCAGUGAGAGGCGCACAGGGACCAGUGAGAGGAACACAGGGACCAGUGAGAGGAACACAGGGACCAGUGAGAGGCUCACAGGGACCAGUGAGAGGCGCACAGGGACCAGUGAGAGGAACACAGGGACCAGUGAGAGGAACACCGGGACCAGUGAGAGGAACACCGGGACCAGUGAGAGGAACACAGGGACCAGUGAGAGGAACACAGGGACCAGUGAGAGGAACACAGGGACCAGUGAGAGGCGCUCAGGGACCAGUGAGAGGAACACAGGGACCAGUGAGAGGCACACAGGGACCAGUGAGAGGAACACAGGGACCAGUGAGAGGAACACAGGGACCAGUGAGAGGAACACAGGGACCAGUGAGAGGAACACAGGGACCAGUGAGAGGAACACAGGGACCAGUGAGAGGCACACAGGGACCAGUGAGAGGAACACAGGGACCAGUGAGAGGAACACAGGGACCAGUGAGAGGAACACAGGGACCAGUGAGAGGCGCACAGGGACCAGUGAGAGGAACACAGGGACCAGUGAGAGGCGCACAGGGACCAGUGAGAGGAACACAGGGACCAGUGAGAGGAACACAGGGACCAGUGAGAGGCUCACAGGGACCAGUGAGAGGAACACCGGGACCAGUGAGAGGAACACAGGGACCAGUGAGAGGAACACAGGGACCAGUGAGAGGAACACAGGGACCAGUGAGAGGAACACAGGGACCAGUGAGAGGCGCUCAGGGACCAGUGAGAGGAACACAGGGACCAGUGAGAGGAACACAGGGACCAGUGAGAGGCACACAGGGACCAGUGAGAGGAACACAGGGACCAGUGAGAGGAACACAGGGACCAGUGAGAGGCUCACAGGGACCAGUGAGAGGCGCACAGGGACCAGUGAGAGGAACACAGGGACCAGUGAGAGGAACACAGGGACCAGUGAGAGGCGCACAGGGACCAGUGAGAGGAACACAGGGACCAGUGAGAGGAACACAGGGACCAGUGAGAGGAACACAGGGACCAGUGAGAGGAACACAGGGACCAGUGAGAGGAACACAGGGACCAGUGAGAGGAACACAGGGACCAGUGAGAGGAACACAGGGACCAGUGAGAGGCACACAGGGACCAGUGAGAGGAACACAGGGACCAGUGAGAGGAACACAGGGACCAGUGAGAGGAACACAGGGACCAGUGAGAGGAACACAGGGACCAGUGAGAGGAACACAGGGACCAGUGAGAGGAACACAGGGACCAGUGAGAGGCACACAGGGACCAGUGAGAGGAACACAGGGACCAGUGAGAGGAACACAGGGACCAGUGAGAGGAACACAGGGACCAGUGAGAGGCGCACAGGGACCAGUGAGAGGAACACAGGGACCAGUGAGAGGCGCACAGGGACCAGUGAGAGGAACACAGGGACCAGUGAGAGGAACACAGGGACCAGUGAGAGGAACACCGGGACCAGUGAGAGGAACACAGGGACCAGUGAGAGGAACACAGGGACCAGUGAGAGGAACACAGGGACCAGUGAGAGGAACACAGGGACCAGUGAGAGGCGCUCAGGGACCAGUGAGAGGAACACAGGGACCAGUGAGAGGAACACAGGGACCAGUGAGAGGAACACAGGGACCAGUGAGAGGAACACAGGGACCAGUGAGAGGAACACAGGGACCAGUGAGAGGAACACAAGGACCAGUGAGAGGAACACAGGGACCAGUGAGAGGAACACAGGGACCAGUGAGAGGAACACAGGGACCAGUGAGAGGCGCACAGGGACCAGUGAGAGGAACACAGGGACCAGUGAGAGGAACACAGGGACCAGUGAGAGGCGCACAGGGACCAGUGAGAGGAACACAGGGACCAGUGAGAGGAACACAGGGACCAGUGAGAGGAACACAGGGACCAGUGAGAGGAACACAGGGACCAGUGAGAGGCGCACAGGGACCAGUGAGAGGAACACAGGGACCAGUGAGAGGAACACAGGGACCAGUGAGAGGCUCACAGGGACCAGUGAGAGGCGCACAGGGACCAGUGAGAGGAACACAGGGACCAGUGAGAGAGGAACACAGGGACCAGUGAGAGGAACACAGGGACCAGUGAGAGGAACACAGGGACCAGUGAGAGGAACACAGGGACCAGUGAGAGGAACACAGGCGCUCAGGUACCGGGAAAUCUGCAGCACAGGGACCAGUGAGAGGCGCACAGGGACCAGUGAGAGGCUCACAGGGACCAGUGAGAGGAACACAGUGACCAGUGAGAGGCACACAGGGACCAGUGAGAGGAACACAGGGACCAGUGAGAGGAACACAGGGACCAGUGAGAGGAACACAGGGACCAGUGAGAGGCUCACAGGGACCAGUGAGAGAAACACAGGGACCAGUGAGAGGCGCACAGGGACCAGUGAGAGGAACACAGGGACCAGUGAGAGGAACACAGGGACCAGUGAGAGGAACACAGGGACCAGUGAGAGGAACACAGGGACCAGUGAGAGGAACACAGGGACCAGUGAGAGGAACACAGGGACCAGUGAGAGGAACACAGGGACCAGUAAGAGGCGCACAGGGACCAGUGAGAGGAACACAGGGACCAGUGAGAGGAACACAGGGACCAGUGAGAGGAACACAGGGACCAGUGAGAGGAACACAGGGACCAGUGAGAGGAACACAGGGACCAGUGAGAGGCUCACAGGGACCAGUGAGAGGCGCACAGGGACCAGGACCAGUGAGAGGCGCACAGGGACCAGUGAGAGGAACACAGGGACCAGUGAGAGGCUCACAGGGACCAGUGAGAGGCGCACAGGGACCAGUGAGAGGAACACAGGGACCAGUGAGAGGAACACCGGGACCAGUGAGAGGAACACCGGGACCAGUGAGAGGAACACAGGGACCAGUGAGAGGAACACAGGGACCAGUGAGAGGAACACAGGGACCAGUGAGAGGCGCUCAGGGACCAGUGAGAGGAACACAGGGACCAGUGAGAGGCACACAGGGACCAGUGAGAGGAACACAGGGACCAGUGAGAGGCACACAGGGACCAGUGAGAGGAACACAGGGACCAGUGAGAGGAACACAGGGACCAGUGAGAGGAACACAGGGACCAGUGAGAGGAACACAGGGACCAGUGAGAGGAACACAGGGACCAGUGAGAGGCUCACAGGGACCAGUGAGAGGAACACAGGGACCAGUGAGAGGAACACAGGGACCAGUGAGAGGAACACAGGGACCAGUGAGAGGAACACAGGGACCAGUGAGAGGAACACAGGGACCAGUGAGAGGAACACAGGGACCAGUGAGAGGAACACAGGGACCAGUGAGAGGAACACAGGGACCAGUGAGAGGAAACAGGGACCACAGCUCGUGGCGGUGGGGCCCCAGAGCGUUGAAGUAGUCCCCGGCCAGUUCUCCCUCAGUCAGAGCCCCGAAGGUGGCGUCGAAGUCCUGCGUCCUCUGGAACCGCAGCAGGGUCUCCUUCAGGUUCCCCCAUCGCCGGACCUCCGGGGGGGGGCUGCGGCAGAGGUCAUGUGA